AUGGUUAAAGAAAAUGCUUUCCCAACUGUAAAUGCUGAUGUCUGUAUUACUUCUAGUGGCUGUUCACUUGAAACUAAUAACAGUCAUGAAAACGUUAAUCAACCAACCGUGGACUCUGACCUUGACCCUCCAGUGUCCGAAAUGAAUAAUCACUCAAAGGAAUCAAUUGAAGCAGUACAGCUCUCAAUUUCUGUUACCAAAGAACCAGCAGCUACCCCAAUCACUCAAGCGACCAAUGAUAACAGCAAUAUAGAACCAAAUGUUGGAAAAUCUUUCGUCUUAGCACCUCCACAACGGAACAAUAUCGAAUGGUUAGGUCGCUUACCGUUGAUUGAAACUCUAAACCAGGCCAACCAAACUUCGUUCUGCAACACUAAACGUAGAAGUAGUAGCGUUUUUAAAAACCGCGACACCGAGUAUUAUAAAGGUUGUCAGACAAAUUCAAAGCCUUCAACUUCACCAAGGCAUAAUAACAUACAUAAUUCCCCUGGUCGACGCCCUUUUUUAAAACGUCAGAACAUCAAACCACCAUCAUAUCGAACAUCUCAUCGUCAUCACUCACCAGAAUGGUUGAUCCAUCUGGAUGUGGUGUACCGCAUGAUGAGACAAUGAGAAUACCAGUCAGAAUUACCUCGCGCUACCCUACACAGAAUAUGACUCAAAAUGGACCAAAUUUUUCGAACCUAGUAAAUAUUCAAAUUGUAAACUCUAGGGAAAAGACCCUAACUGCAAUAACAAAAGAACAUGUUCCAAAACCGCUUUCGGAUAUGCAAAGAUCUAAACUUAGAAUUGCCCACCUAAAUGUUCGCUCAAUUAAGAAUAGGAAUCAUCUUAUACAGGUUCGAGAACUUAUGAAGGAUAGGAACUAUGAUAUUUUAGCCUUGUCAGAGUCAUGGUUAAACUCCACGGUGACAAACGCGGAAGUAGAAAUCGAGGGCUUUAAACUAACAAGAUUGGACCGUUUGGGAAAGACUGGAAGGGGUGUUUGUGUCUAUUCUAAAUUGUCGAUUAAAGUCAAAUGUCUCAAAAACACAACAGGGAUAUCUGAAUUCGGAUUUCAUCAGCUAUGGAUGCUAAUACAACUCAGGAAACUAAGAUCAAUUCUCCUUUGUGUGACAUAUAGGCCUGAUUAUUGUCCUACCUUAUCCUUUCAUGAUAUUUUCAUGGAAAAUUAUAUACAUGCUCUCACAUUAGGAAAAGAGAUAAUUGUUGUAGGUGAUUUAAAUUGUGAUUUGCUGAAACCGGAUUCUCCAGAGGCUAUGUCGCUACUAGAUUUUUGUACAAGUGCGAAUCAAACUCAAUUGAUAAAAGAACCUACACGAGUAACAGAAACGUCAUCUUCCCUUAUUGAUAUUAUUAUGACGUCGAAUGUCAGUUUAGUAGAAAAUCAUGGGUUGGCUUUAUCUCACAUUAGUGAUCACUAUCUAAUAUAUGCUUUUUUGAAACUUAAGAUGUUGAAGCCGCCACCUAGUUAUAAAUGUGUGAGAUCCUACAAAAACUACAAACCUGAUAGUUUUCUCGUGGAUUUACAACGAAUACCUUGGUAUGAUAUUUUCAUCAUGGAUGAUGCAAAUGUAAUGCUAGAUCAUUUCAAUGAGAGGUUUUUCCAUGUAAUGGAAACACAUGCACCUGUGAAAACUGUGAGGAUUAAACACCGCAGCUGCCCCUUUAUUAGCACAAAAAAUUCGCGAACUUAUGCAAUACAGAAAUAACCUAUUGAAAAAGGCUCGAAGUACUAAAUUAACAACAGACUGGGAAAUGUAUCGUACACUAAGAAAAGAAGUAAAAUCCAAGCUGAGAGAUGCCGAAAGGGAAUAUAUACGGAAAGAACUAGAGCACAGUCACAACACUAAUCAAAGUGGAAGAUAUAUAAUUAAUAAUUGUAUUCCUCGUAAAGAAAGCACUCAACAAGUCUACACAAAGGAUAUGAAAGAAGUUGCUAAUGAGUUUAAUUAA